UGUCUCAACACAGACGAAUAUUAGCACCAGUAAAAUAGCAGUGUACUAGUAAUAAUUCACAUCUCUUUUUUUUCUUUUCUUUUGUACCCUUUUCUUCUUGCUAUUCCUUUUCCCAAGUAAAGUGAAAAACAAAAAACCAUUUGCAGUAAGCAAAAGUUAAAAGUAGAACCAAAAAAUGGGUUUUGCUUAAAGAAAGUGUUUAUCUUUUUUUUUUUCUUUCUAAUUAGCAACUAAUUCGUAGAUCUGCAGCUCAAAACCCUUUUCACAUUUUCUACUAAAGUAACUAGUUUUAUCCUUCUACAGUUCGUUCUUUAGAGAUGGGGUGUAAAAGAUUAGGUUUUUUAUUAGUAUUAGACAUCUUUUACUUCUAGUUACUUUCUUGGUCAUCUUGUUUACCAUACAGGGGUUUCUUCCCAAUUCUUAAUUUGGGUUUUUCAUCUUGUUAUAUGAUGUUGGUUCUUUGAAGAAAAAAAAUUCAUUUUUGAGAGUGAGGUUUUAGUUAAAGGACAUUUGAAGCUAUAAAAUUUUGAGUGUAAAAAUGAUUCAAUUGUUGUUUAUGGUUCUUUGUUUGGAGGGUAUGGUGGCAUUUCUUCUAAUGGUAAAGAUUGGGCCACUGAGGGAACUAGUGAUGAAGUGUUUGGAUCAGGUGAAGAUGAGAAAGGGUACAGUUUUAACCAUUGCUGGUACUAUAUCAGCUAUCUUAUUUUCCAACUUUAUUAGUAUUAUCAAGAUUCAGAACAAGGGGGCUAAGAUUGGUACAAUGACCCCAAUGGAUCAGGUUUUGUGGAGAACCAACUUGUUAGAGGCUACUCUCAUGGGAUUUUCUCUGUUUCUUGGAUUCUUAAUUGAUCGUAUGCACCAUUACCUUCGGAAGCUGAUUGUGUUGCGGAGUAGCGCGGGAUCUUCAAAGAAAGAAUUUGAAAGGCUUGAGAAAGAAAAGCUGCAGCUUAAGGAGAAAGCAGAUAAAGCUGCUGAGGAAAUAAAAUUAUCGCAGAAACAAAUCUCUAGUUUAACAGAGACACUGAAGAAGGUUAAGUUGGAGUCAGAGGAGAAAGACAAACGUGUUGAAACUGCGGAAGCUCAUGUUGCUGCUCUCCAAAAACAAGCAGCAGAUCUUCUUUUAGAAUAUGACCGUCUAUUAGAAGACAAUCAAAAUCUUCAGAAUCAAGCCCAUGGUUAUCGGAGUUGAGAAAAUAGACAAGCAGUUGGUUCAAAUUUUAUAACUUUUUGAUAACUGGCUGUGUUGAUUGAACAUUAUGCGUCUGCAUGUCUUGACCCUUGUCUUAGAAGAAGGGAUUUUGGGAAUUGUUGUUACUCAAUGUGAAUCAUGUAGUAGUGUUUUUCAGAUAUAGACAUUGUUAAAAUUCACUA